GCUUCCCGUCUUAGGCUCCGCCUUUUCCUCCAGCAUGCUCCUUCCCUGCCUCCAGCGUUUCCGGUCGCGUGGGUUAUCAUAACGUGCUGUAUUUCUCGGGCCGGCGAUUUGGACCAUGGGGGUCCCCAAAAGGAAAGCCUCAAAGGGCCCGGACGGCGCGGCGUUCCGCGCGGGCACAGCCAAGCGAGCCCGCGUGGAGGAGCUCACGGGCGUGCGGUUCAAGACCCAGCUGAGAGAUGCGCAGGGCCCUGGGCAUGCUUUGGAAGCCUUCGUCUCCGCUGCCAAGCAGCUCCCACAGGAAGGCAUGUGUGAUGUUGUCGAGGGCUACAUCAAGAUUUCCAUGGAGUGUGCGGAAGUUUUCCAGCUCCUGAGCGGAGAGAAGAGGCCCGAGAGUGAAGUGCUGUUAAUAUUUCAAGUUUUCGAGGCCAUUUUAUUGAGGACAGCCAGUGAUCUUGCGCAUUUCCACGUGGUGGGUACCAACAUUGUGAAGAAGUUAAUGAACAACCACAUGAAGAUCAUCUGUGAAUCCUUGUAUGCAUCUGGUUACAGGAUGGCCCGAGCCUGCCUGGACCUGAUGGCUGCCAUGGUGACCCAGGGUCCUGAAGCCGCCAGAGAUGUGUGCAGCUGUUUUGAUUUAAAUAAAAAAGCCCUGUAUACCCUGGUGACGAAGAGGGAUUCAAAGGGGGUGCAUGACGUCCGGCUUGCUUACAUCCAGUUCGCCCUCUCCUUCCUAAUUGCGGGUGACGACACCACUAUAGGACAAGUGCUGGAGCUAAAAGAAUUUAUCCCCUGCAUUUUUAGCUCAGGCAUAAAGCAGGAUAAGAUUUCUACCAUCAACAUUUUGUUGUCCACACUGAAAACAAAGGUAAUUUAUAAUAAAAACAUCACAAAAACCCAGAAGGUACGUUUCUUUACGGGGCAGUUUCUGAACCAUAUAGCUUCUCUCUACAACUGGAAUGGCGUCAUGGAUGUUGUUCCAGAAAACACAGAAAGUGCUGAGGUGUCUGCUGAAGAGGCAGGGAAAGCCAUGGUGAGGGACCUCGUCCAUAACUUCCUGGUGGAUCUGUGUUGUUCUCGAAAGCACGGGAUUAGUUUUUAUGAUGCCUCUCUGGGAACGUCUGGCAGAGGAGGCAACCUGACACUCCUGCACUUCCUGUUGAGUUUGAAAACUGCAGCUGAGGAUGAGCUGGUGGCCUCCCUGGUGGUGAACAUUCUGAAGGUGUGCCCGGACCUGCUGACCAAAUACUUCAAGGAAGUCACCUUUUCCUUUCUCCCAAGAGUGAAGUCCACUUGGCUAAACAACGUGAAGCUGCUAAACAAGAUCUAUGAGGCCCAGCCAGAGAUUUCCCGGGCCUUUUGGACCAGAGAGUUUAUCCCCUUGCCGAGGCUCCUGGCGAUGGUGAUGGUAACCACAGUGCCUCUGGUGUGCAAUAAGAUCAUGUUCACUCAGGCAUUAAAUCUGGACAGCAUACCCGUGAAACACUCAGCGUUCUCUCUUAUUUCGGUCAUUCUGAAGAGAGCAUUAAAAACAGUUGACCACUGUCUAGAUAAAGAGGCGUGGCAAGACUCAGGCGUUUACACAGCUGAGAUGAUGGAAGAGUUUGUUCAGCUCUUCAGAGAAGCCUUGAGCAAGAUUUUGCCAGAUCUGAACACGGUUGUUUGGGUCUGGCAGUCACUUCAAAAGCAAGAGGUUAAGCAGGACCAUGGGAAAGGGAAGAAGAGUGCUGGGAAGCCUGGUGCUGAGUCCGACGCAGUCCAGCACGAUGAUGCAGAAACCAUUCUUCUGAAAGCCAUUUUGCUCCAGGUCAUAUGCCUUUACCAGCAGGUUGUUCCCCACAUGGUCACACAGUACAACUUUGACUUCAGCAAGCUCCUGAAAGGCGUCAUCUCUGAGCAGGGCCCUCCUGAGGAGGUCCCUCCCAUCCUACAGCACCACAUGCUGAAGGUGGCUCUGGAACUUCCUGCUAACAAGUUUUUGUGGCUAAGGGCACAGGAAGGCCCUGAGGCAGAAAUCAUUGGGGGAGAACGCUCUGUGUUUUACCUGCUCAUGAAGAUGUUUGUGAACAGCAGCCAUUUACAGCUCAAGUCGUCCACUAGACUGCUGGUCAUAAAGAUUCUGCGGGACACAGGUGUGUUCGAACACACCUGGAGAGAACUGUCACUGUGGCUGGAGCACCUGGACAGCACUGCAGAGGAGCACAAGGAGACCGUCAUUCAGUUCCUUGAGCGGAUUUUACUGACACUGGUGGUGAAUCCUUACUCAUACACAGACAAAGCUUCCGAGUUUGUCCAGGAAGCCAGCACCCUGCAGGCCACCGUGGGGAAGCAGGAUGCGGAUGAUGUCAGCAUUCCCGUCUCACACAUUGAUGAUGUGCUGGACAUGGUGGACGUGCUGGUGGAAGGCAGUGAGGGCCUGGACGAGGACAUCGGGUUCUUGUUAAAUGAAGACAUGCUCCUGCUCACCUUCCCCUUCAGUGCUCUGGUCCCUGCAGCGCUGGAAGCCAGGAACAAGCUGCUCCUUGGGACAGAAAGUGCAGCAGGGGAAAGCGUCAUGGCUUACCUAACUGCAGUGCUGACCGACCUUCUCCACACCCAGAGGGACCCCCUGGCUCUGUGUCUUCUGCUCCAGUCUUACGACAGGGUUGAGCCUGCCAGCCUGCUCUGCCGUCAGCAGCUUGCCCAGUUUCACAGAUACUACAGUCUCUGGAUUCCUGAGCAAGCCCAGGAGGCCUUGCCACUGCAGGUGUCCAGCAGCUCUGUGCCCCAUAGCGCCCCCUCAUCCUCCUGCUUCUCCACCUUGCUGCAAACAGCGUAUGAAAGCCGUACACUUGGGGAGAAGAAAGUUCAGUCAAAGCUGCUGGCUGCUGUCCCACACCUAGCUCUGCAGCACGUGCUGCGCUCAGCCAAGCAGGUACUGCUGUACCUCAGGAGCACAGUGGAGAACUUCAGCCAGCUGGGCAGGAGUGUGGGCCCAGCCGUCCUGCGGCUCCUCCUGGAUCUCCUUAAGCACCUGGUUAUCCACUCUGAGCAGCUGGAUGCCCAGAACCAGCACAAAUUGGAGGCUGCCCGGGCCGAGUCUGAUCUCUUUUUGGACAUGGAAUCUGUGGCUUCACUUGAGUUGGCCACUGACAAGACACUAGAGGAGGUGCUGGUGGCCAUCCUUAAACACCCCACACUGGAGAGUUGGUUUCUAGCCCUGGAGCAGAAAGCUUUGCCCCCCCACACGCUUAGCCCCAUCCUUGUGAAGCUGCUAGCAGCCCACUUCAGUGCGGGGGUCCUUCAGCUACUGGUGGCAAGUUCUCCAAUUCUCCAUAAGCUGGGUCAGCCGGGCCUCCUGGCCAAGUACUCAGAAGCCAUCUCCCAAAGUGUGCUGAGAGAGCUGCACGCCAUGACUGUGAACUCUACCACAAAACCUAAGACCUUGCCUCAGCUGGAGGCCCUGCGAGAGCUGCAUCCGUACAUGGAAAGUGUCCAGAUCCGAGAGGUCACCCUGGCGCUACUGGGCCUGCCAGAGGCCCACUUGCUGACCCGGCGAGCCACGCAGUCUCCAGGGGAGGAGCGACAACUAAGCAGUCUUGGAAAGACCCUGGUACAGCUGCUGGCAAACAGCCACCAGCUGCAGAGCAGUGAGUUCUUCUGGUGCGCUGAGUACGUGCGAGGCCUGGGGGCUCUGCUCCCCAUUCUGGCUGAGCAUGAGCUGGAUGCUGUAUUCCUUCAGACUCUUCAGAGAGAGCCUGUGCUAGCCUCCGUGGUCCCAGCUGACCUACUUGAGUACUGCCUGGUCCGACGGACAGAGGCGACCCUAGGCAUUGCCAGCCUGCUCCUUCAGCACAGCAGCACCCACCUACUAAAGUUUGAGCUGUGGUGUGGGCAGCCUGGUGUGGGGCUCAGCCUGCAGGAGCACUUGGAUGACUUCCUCCCCCUCGUCCACAUGUACCUCCAGCACUGGACACAAGGAUACUUCAUGCGGCCAGCAGCAGUGUCCUCUGCUGUCACUCCUGUCCUGAGGGCCCUGUGGAGACAAGUGCGAGACAGAUGUUUUCAUCUUGAUGGGCCUUCCAAAUACGAGCUGCGUCUGGAGGCCCUGGCCCAGCUCCUUCCAUUUGCAAGAACCAAAGACCUGCGUGUACUCAUGGACCACUUACCCAGCUUGCUUCAAACUUUGAGCAGUCACAAGAGUUGGAUCGUGGCUGACUCUGUCUCAGCUGCCUUGGCAGGGUCAGAAGAGCUGGGUGCAUGGAGGAGGACUCUCCUAGCAUCCUGUCUGCAGUGGCUGGCUGUGGCCUUCAGUGGCCGGGAGCCAGCAGAUGAAAACACCCAGGAACAAGAGAAGACAAUGCUGCUCAGAUUAAGCGAGUUGUUGCAUGCACUGAAGGAGGUUGACCCUGGUGACUGGCAGCAGUUUGUGAAGACAGGACUCAAGUUUCGGUACCAGGACCUCACCUUUUUGAAGACUCUGCUCGAUGCCACGAAGCUUCUGUAUAGUCCAGAGAGCUCCGUGCACACAAAGCUUGUCCAGCUUCCAGUGGUCCACAUGAUGCUCACCCAGCAUUCUCUGUUUUUGCCAACCAUGCUGACAUCCGAAGAAGAGAAGACGCUAGACAGUCAAGUCAAAGAAACCCUGGUGGACCUGAUGUCCACAGUGGUGAGGAUGUGCCCUUCUGUCUGUGAGAGCAGCCACUUUGCUGUGCUACUUGGGGCCUACAGUGCGACCCUCAGUGUCUUGGACCAGAAGAUUUUACUUCUCCUUCGGGCGUACGAACAGAACAACCUCAGUCUGAUCAGCUUCAGGGUUCUGCUGUGGGGCCCAGCAGCUGUGGAACAUCAUAAGACAUGCAGGAGCCUGGGCAAGUCGCUGUGGCAACAGCCCAGCGUUGGAGACAUCCUCCGCCUGCUGGACCCAGACCGGAUGAUGCAGACCAUCCUGCACUUCCCGCAGUACCGGAGGCUGCUGCCCGCUGAGGACACAGAGGAGCCACUGGUGUUUAAGGACAAGGCUGUGAGAGUGGACCUCAACAGCCUCUAUGACCCCUGCUUCCUUCUACACCUGUUCGGAGAACUGACCAGGCCAGAGUUUGUGGUGGAUUGUCGAAAAUUUCUGGAUUCAAAUGCUCUGGGUCUAACUGUGGCAGCCCUCAGCAGCUAUGACCCCCAGAUGCGAGCAGCAGCCUACUAUGUCCUAGCAGCUUACUACUCACACCUAGAGGGUGCUCGCUUCCGGGAGCAGGCCCAAGUUCUGUACCUGCUGGACGUUGUCCGGGAUGGGAUUAAAGCUCCAAACCUGAGGCUCCCUUUUAUCAUGGCUCUUUUCAUUGCCAAGGCAGCACUGCAGAUCUUGAAGCCAGAGGAGCACAUGUACUGGAAGGUCAGCAAGUUCCUGCUGUCACACGAGAGCCUGAACAUGGACAAGCUGCCAGGCUUCUACCAGUUCUUCUACAGCUCCGACUUCCAGCAAAAAACAGAACAAGAGUGGGUGUUGGGAAUUCUACGGCAGGGGAUUAGAGACAAGCACUGUUACGAGCUAUGCUCCAGAAGAGGGGUGCUCCACAUCAUCCUGUCCUUCCUCAGCAGCCCCUUGUGUGACCAGGAGGUGCAGAUUUGGAUUCUGGAAAUUCUGCAGAAUGUUGCCCACAUCACCAGAUCUGCCUAUGAAGUCAUACGUGACUGUGGCCUUUUAACAUGGGUUUUACACAUCCUUGAGAGCAGAUUUGUGGAGACUCAGCUGCUUUCCCACGUGAUCUCUUUGCUACACACCCUGUGGGUGACCAACCUGGGCAACAAAGCACCAGAGGAGAAAAGCCAGCCACCUGGCCAGCCUGGCUCCCAUGAGCCCCAGAAGAUGCUGGCCUUGCACGUGGUCGAUGAGUUCCUGUAUGUCCUCAUUGCACUUACAAAGCACCUGAGGCCCAGCUUGGCCUCCACCCAACUGACCAAUUUCUUUUGGACACUUGAGUCUGUGCUGAGUUAUCGGGCCACCAUCAUAAAGGUCUUCGAGGAUAUGGGCCGAUUGACAGUGAACAAGGUGACGCUUUCUACCAAACACGUCCUGGUCCUCUUACAUAAGUGGAGCCUCAUUGAGAGAGACACGAAGCUCCAGGGAGACCUGAAAGCAGUCAUUGAGCAGCACCAAGUCAAGGACCUACUGAAGACGCUCAAGGAUAAGAACAGGCCUGUGGCAGCAGCCCGUGCCAAAGGCCCACGAGGCCGGAAGAAGAAGCAUGGAGAGAUGGCGGAGCCUGCCGAACCCGAGCUGGAAGCAUCUAGUCUGGAGACAUGCAAGGGCCUCCUGAGGGCCACAGUGACCCACUGGGGGCCAGUUGUCCCCUUGCCUGGACCCACUCAGCAGUGUGUGGGCCAGGCUACCCCCAGGACUAAAUCACUGGGCUCUGCACAUGCUGCUGUUUCCUUGGUGGCCAGCUGGGUGCUGCGGUCGUUGGCUGAACGCCCCCUCAGCAGGGCAGAGGCCAUAAGACUCCUUGACUGGCUCAAGAGCCACAUUUUGCCACACACAGCGGUGGCAGCUGACUUUCUCAGGGACAGUGCUGUCAAGAAUGGCAUCUUUAAGCUGUACAGUCGUCACUGUGGUGUACAGGGCCUGACAGGACCUGCACUGGAUGUGGCCUGCAAGUUCAGCACUGUCAUGCUGCAGUUGUUGGCGGCCCAGGGCCGCGUAGAUCACCCUCUCCACUCGGUGGUGGAGGCCCUGUGCCUUGAUUCCCUGAAGGAAACGGAUGAAGCUAAACGAGCUCCCACAGCAUUCCUGGUGUCUCUGUAUAUUAAGGACAUCUGGCUGGGGGCCGAGCAGCCAGACACCUUCCUUGCUCACAUCCAGAUGGUCUGUGAGGCAGCAAAGGACAUGCCACAUGGUGAGACGGAGGCCAUUGUUGCACUGUGCAGGACCGUGGACUCCUCCCCUUGACUCCUCCCUGCUGAGCAGCUCCCCAGCCAGUUCCACAGAGCUUGGGAGAUAUGAACUGAUACAUUCAACUAUUUUCCAGCAAGAAAAGCUAAGAGGGCUUUAUUACCUGGCCAACAAGUAAGCACGGGUGCUGACCUUGCAGUCAGAGUUGUGGUGACGGGGCAUUGCUGGACCGUGAGGCCCACACAGGAUUCAGAUAACUGUGGUCCCCUCUUCUAGAGUUCCUGGCAGAGGAGCUAAGUGAUGCUCGUAAGUACAGGAUGGAUCUGUGGUGUUAAAGCUGAAGCCUGAAGAUUUCCUAUGUCUUUGGAUGUGCAUGGCAGACAUGCAAGGUUGUCA